AUGUGAUGUUACUUGCAAAAAAGAACAAACUGAAAACUCCUUUUCCUUUUCAUCCAUGUUUCAAGCAAAGAACAACUCUGCCAUAUGUCUUAAUCAAAGUACCUUAAACAAUGUCUCGUCGGUGCUGUCGCCGUCGAUAAUAAGGUGUCUCAGCGAUAUAUCGGAGAUGGACACGGUUCAUCUCAGUGUCGAUCUAGUGUCGGCGGCGAGACGAAUUGUUGGGUUCUUGAGAAGUGUUAAUGAAUGUCAGUGGCUUCAUCAGAGACCAACUAUUAUUGAAGCAAUAAGGAGGUAUGAUGAGGUAUGGAUGCCAUUGAUUUCUAAUCUGACGGUGGUGGGGUCAACGCCUCCUUUGGUUUUGCCACCUUUUGAUGUUGAAUGGGUUUGGUUUUGUCACACCUUGAAUCCAGUUGGUUACAAGAAAUAUUGCGAGUCAAGGUUCUCAAAACUAAUAGGAAAACCAUCGAUUUUCAAUGAGGAAAAUGAAGAAUAUGCAUUGAUGAGAUGUAAAGAAAUUUGGGUUCAAAGAUAUCCGGCUGAACCUUUUGAGAAUGAAGUAGAAUCAGAUUCUCAAGACCCACCAUUACUAAAUGAAGAUCUUUUCAAUGAAGUUCAAAAGCACAAGCUUUUAUACUCAAAAUUUUCACAACCAUAUUUGUAUGAGUUAGUGUAUUUGAUAGCUGCUAGACAAAGAUACAAAGGAUUUCUAUAUAUGAUCCAAAGAUUUGGAGAUGGGUGCUUUAGGUUUGUGCCUGCUUUUGAUAUUCUCCUAAUGCUGCUUACACACCAGCAGAGCUAUCCAACAGCAUAUGCAGAUGAUUUGAAGGACAUGUGGGAAAACAUGGCGAAGGUGGUGGGGUUAUGGGAGACAGUGCAAGAAAAAGAAGUGGAAGAAACAAACAAGAUCUGGGAAAGAACCUUCGAUGAACCUUAUGAAAAAGCUGGAGGUGAGAUAGCUAUGGCCAAGCGACCAAUCUAUUGGGAGAUUUCAGAUGUUGAUGUCAACACUAAAUAUAAGUCCAUGAUCCCAAGAUUCCUACUUGAGGUAUGCAUUUUUGUGAGGCUCAAUGCUCGGAUGAAGGCAACGAAUGGGGACAUGAAACACAAUUUCCUCCGUCUCCGGAUGGUAAGAUGUCACAGGGAGUUGAAGCUUGAUAAAUCGAUCCCCGAUUUUUCGUAUGAUUCAUGGCGGAAAGCUUGGCAUUUGUACUGUGAGUUUGGAACUCGAGGAUUGAUCGUUGAGUUUCGUGGCCGUGGUGGUCACUGCUUCAAAGGAAGUAAAUUGGUGAACUCAAUGCCAUUUUCUUGGAAUGAUUUGCUAAGGGCACCUUCUAUUACUUUGACAAGAGAAAUUGAUCAAGUAAGAGUUCUUGCUUCUGUAACUCCCCCAGUUCAAGCACCAUACCUAUUGAAAUGUGUUCCGGAUAGAGUUACGGAUGAUUCUGGAGCAAUGAUAUCCGAUGUGAUCCUAAAAUUAAACAAUUACCGGCCCCAGAAAGGUCGUUGGUUGUCUCGCACGGUUCUAGACCAUGCUGGGAGAGAGUGUUUUGUUGUUAGAAUAAGAGUGGGAGAAGGGUUUUGGAGAAGAGGAGCUGAAACUCCUUCUGCCGUAAAUCGGGAGGAUCGAAUAAUUGAGAUUCGUGAAGGUUCUUGGUCUUAUGUUGCCGGCUCUAUCGGUAGAGCUCCCGAGAAAGUGGUAGGAACAGCAACACCGAAGGAAUCUCCGGAUCAGUGGCAAGCAGCAUGGCAGUUUUCAACAGGAGAUGAGUUACUGAUAAAUUGCGGAUCUUCGACAUCGAGUUCCAGCCUAAGUUUUAGCAUGAAAAGUAGAGAAUCAUCGGAUUCAUUUGUGAUGUUGUUGAGGGGCAGGAAAAUGCAAUAUCGAGAUAAAGAAACCGAAAGCAAAGUAGCAGAAGACGAACAGGAAGAUGAUGAUGGAUUCGUGACUCUCGUAAGGUUUACCGAAGAGAAUCCGACAGGAAGAGCAACAGCACUGCUUAAUUGGAGGCUGUUAGUGGUAGAAUUAUCGCCCGAAGAAGAUGCCAUUUUGGUCCUUCUACUUUGUAUCUCGAUAUUACGUACGGUAUCAGAGAUGACCAAGGAAGAUGCCGGGGGUUUAUUGGUAAGACAGAGGUUGAAGGAAGCGAAGGUCGGCGCUAGAGACUGGGGAUCCAUCGUACUCCAUCCUUCUUCACUAUCCUCAUCCAAUACUUCACCUUAUCUACAACCUUGGUAUUGGAAUGCUAGCCAAGUAAUGGCACAACAUGAAGAUACCGGUAACACAAGAAAACCGGCACCGGUCGAGGGCGGUGAUAUGUUGUACAGGCGAGGGAUCAUUACAUAAGAAAUACUUGAGAAAGGAUUUUAAUACCCUUUUCUUUAAUUUUUUUUUAUUAUUUGCAGAUACUACCAUUAAAAUAUAACAUGAGUUAUAAAAUUAUAGUAAUUACUUAAA